AUGAAGUUUCUGUUGUUGACUCUCCUUCCACUGAUAGAAGCAUUUACAUGUCCCGCUAAUACGAUUUACCAUGAGGAGUUUUCCAGAUGCUACAAGUUUUCCGCCGAUUCACUGCCAUUUUACAUGGCUGAAGAAGCCUGCAUAGAUCUCGGUGGACAUCUCGUCUCUCUUGGAAAUGGACUCGAAAAUGCAAUGAUAGCUGAGACGGCACAACAACAAAAAAUUGGUUCAUCCUAUUUUAUUGGUAUCAAUAAGCUGAACGGAAAUGCUUGGAGUAACACAGAUGGCGAACCAGUCAAUUACACCAACUGGGCGAGCGGACAGCCAACAAUCUCCUCAGCUUGCGCUACUGCGACUUCCUCUGAUGGAAUAUGGAAGUCGGUGGCGUGCUCAAGCUCAUUUCCCUAUGUCUGCGCUAUUUCCACAAUAGUUCCAGUAGUUACGUGUCCUCCAUGCCCAACAAUCGGAUGUCCAGCCCCUCCAGCACCUCCUGGUCGAUGCCAGUCUGGAUGGACUUACUUUGCCAAGACUGACGCUUGUUACAAGUCUUUCCUGUGGGAGACUUUCGAAAAUGCCGAGAACGUUUGUCAAGGAAAUGGAGGACAUUUGACAUCCAUUCACAGUUCUGAUGAAGAGAUUUUUGUCGCCACGCUAUCUAUGUCGGGCAACACAUACACCGACUCAUCAGAUCUAACCUGGAUAGGUUUGAAGCAACUGAAUUACCCAAGCAGCAAAGAUUGGACUUGGACUGAUGGAAGCAAAGUUGACUAUCUGGCCUGGGCCCCAACUCAGCCAGACAAUGCUGGCGGAGUGGAACAUUGUGUUCAGCUCUACAGUGAUCAUUUCGGAAAAGAUCCAAAAAAGGAUAAUAAUUAUCAGCGAUGGAAUGACAUAGCGUGCGGUACCAGGUUGAGGGCUUUCGUAUGCAAGAAGAAGUCGAUACAUUGA